CGCAGUCACGAGGUGACUCAGUUGGAAUUAAACGCUCAAGCGGAACGGGCAGUAAAGUUUGUGACUAGCGUGCUAAGUGUAUACAUAUUUUGAAUCAUAUUUUGUAAAUCAACUCAAACAGAGAAUUGUUCCAAAUUAGUAAACAUCUCAUGAUGUUUCCAAACAUCAAAAUCUACUUUGUGGCGUUCAUCGCGUUUAUAAAGUUUAUCAUUGCUAGCCGCUUACUGAAACGUUUUCCUCCCGCGGUGCGACCAAUUGUCGAAGUCCGACAGGGCAAGCUUCGAGGUGUUACGUCCAGGCUGCCUAAUGGACUCGCUUAUCACUACUUCAAAGGUGUGCCCUACGCAAAACCACCUCUGGGAGAGCUUCGCUUCCAGCCCCCGGUUCCGAAUGAUAAGUUCUACACUGCAGUGGUCGAUUGUUUGGUGGACCGAAACAUGUGCGUGCAACCCGUAGUGGGCAAUUGGAUAGUCGGAAAGGAAAAUGGACUGUAUCUUAAUGUGUUCACACCAGCGCUACCUGUUGAGGGUGGUGUUGACGUUCCCAAGUUACCAGUUAUGGUAUGGAUUCACGGAGGUGGAUGGAUGACCGGUUCGGGGGGCAGUUUUACGUACGAUCCGAUAUAUCUUGUGCAAGAUGGGGUGGUUGUGGUUACGAUGAAUUAUCGGCUUGGACCGUUGGGAUUUCUAAGUCUACCCAGUGCUGGAGUGCCGGGAAAUGCCGGAUUGAAGGAUCAGCUUCUGGUGUUCAAAUGGGUACAAGAGAAUAUCACUCGCUUCGGAGGAGAUCCCGGCAACGUGACCGUUUUUGGAGAGAGUGCUGGAAGUAUGGCGGCUUAUCUGCAUUAUUUAUCGCCAAAUUCCAGAAAAUACUUUCACAGAGUUAUAUGUCAAAGCGGAGUAUCAACUUCAGAUUCCUCCUUUCAGCGUAAUCCAGCAGAACUAGCGCGAAAACUUGCCAAAAGUCUGGGUUACGAAGGAGAUGAUGAUAGACAAGUUUUAAAAACACUACAGGAUGCUCCAGCAAAACUGAUAAUCAGAAAUCGCAACGUAGUAAUGACCGAGGAUGACAAAAAAUUAUCCCUCCACAUACCUUUCCGGCCAGUCAUCGAAGAAACUACCAGCGACGACAGCAUCAUAACAGAAUCGCCUGAAAGUAUCCUGAAAUCAUUCGACACACUUCGGAUGCCAUUGAUCAAUGGGUGCAACACCGGAGAAGGUUUACUGAACAUCCGAAUGAUACUGGGACGGCUGAAAGAUUUUGAUCGCGACGACAGUCUGCUCGUCCCACAGCUAAUGGGAAAUCCUCCCGGAUUAGACAAAUUCAAACUUGGCGCCGAGAUAAAGCGAUACUAUUUCGGCCAAAAGAGAAUCGAUAAACAUUCGCUAAAUGAACUGAACGAUCUUAUGUCGGACAACGCCUUCAUCACCAACACGAUGGUCAGUGCCGAGUGGCUCGCCAAAUACCAGCCUAAUGUUAGACAUUAUCACUAUCGUUUCGGGUUCGAUGGAGAGUUUAGCUGUGUAAAACGCCUCUUCAAUCUCAGUCACGUCAAAGGAGCGUGUCACGGGGACGACCUAUUCUAUUUGUUUCAUGCCGGAUUGCUGCCACAGCUUCCGGAAAGUAGCGACGAGUGUCGCAUUCGUAAUUUGAUGGUACGAAUGUGGACCAAUUUUGCGAAAUACGGCGAUCCAACGCCUGAUAAAGACGACGGAUUAAUAACAUUCCGCUGGGAACCAGUGCGUAUCGCUGCCAAAACAGAGGACAAGUUUGUUCUAAACUGUUUGGAAAUCGACAGACUGCCUAAGAUGAUCGAGAAUCCUGCCGGAGAGCGGAUUGAACUAUGGAGAAACUACCUUCGAACCUACCAGAAAGGUUUUCUGUGAAUAUUGUAUAAUUUGUAGAAGGAAUUCAACACAAAACGUGAUAAAAUAAUUUUAAAUUUUAAUUUUAA